AGAAGACAUUUGUGGAUAAGCAGGGCUGAAAAGUGCAUGAAAGAGAGGAAAAGGGGAUUACGGAGACCUCGGGUGAACUGGAGAGAUUUGUUUCAAAUGAUUGAAUUAAUUUUUGCAACCCAGCAGAGAGGCACAAUCAGUGUACAGGGAUGGAUGCAGACUACUGAGUUUGUGCAAAGGGAUCUAGCUCGCCGGGCCCCCCGUCACUGUCCCACAAAGCUUUGCGACCCCGUUUGCCCUAAUUGUAAUGUAACGUUACGUUUUUGCUGCGUCACAAUCGCAAGUGAGCCAGUUCGGAUGCGGUGAUCUAAAUCGCUUCAUCCAAAACAGGCCACCCUCAGAUGCUGUUUCUCUCGAGUAAGAUGUUAAGGGAGGCUCAUAUUCAGCCAGUGAUUGGCCAAUGUGUGUCUGCAAUGAAGAAACAAGGGGGGGCUGUAUAGGAGAGAGAGGGAGAGAUGAAAACAAAGAUCGGAUGAUAAUCUAAAGAAGUCUGAAUCUAAAGACUUUGUCUUUCUACUUGAUACACAGUAUGUGUAGGGCACUGAAUCGCAGUUGCGGUGGUCUAUUCAUGUGCGCUGGACAGCUUGGGGGAAGGGGAGGAAUGCUUUAAAUUGUAUUGAAUGAUAACCUGACUACUAAAAGCUGUCGUGAAAACCAGUAGUCAUUGUGUGAAGUCAUUGAGAUGCAAGAGAGCAUUGCACGCUAUUUUCCAGACAUUAAAAUGAGGUUGCAGUUCCCACAACUGGCCUUGCGGCGGCGUUUAGGUCAGCUGAGCUGCAUGUCCCGGCCUACUGUCCGCCUUCGCUCAUGGCCUCUGUCCUUCCUGUACUACAUCCUGCCAUUCGGAGCACUCAAACCUCUCGCCAAAGUGGGCUGGAGGCCCACAAGCAGAGUUACGAUCUACAAAUCCAUUCCCACGAGAUUGCUCUCCAGAGCCUGGGGUCGUUUAAAUCAGGUGGACCUGCCCACGUGGUUACGAAAACCUAUUUACAAUUUGUAUAUAUGGACAUUUGGGGUCAACAUGAAAGAAGCGGCUGUGGAAGAUCUACAGCACUACAGAAACCUGGGAGAGUUUUUUAGGCGCAAACUCAAACCUCAGGUCCGACCAGUAUGCGACUCGCACUGCGUGAUCAGCCCAGCUGAUGGCAAGAUUCUUCAUUUUGGUCACGUAAAGAACUGUGAGGUGGAACAGGUAAAGGGUGUGACAUACUCCCUCGAGACGUUCCUCGGGCCCCGCACCUGUACUGAAAGUCUGCUGAAUAACAGAAAUGAGGAAGACCCUGGCACGUUCCAGGAAUCCCUGGUCACUAAGGAAGGGAAUGAGUUGUUUCACUGCGUAGUAUAUCUGGCUCCAGGAGACUACCACUGCUUCCAUUCACCUACAGACUGGAGAGUGGCACACAGACGACACUUCCCAGGUUCUCUGAUGUCAGUGAACCCAGGGGUUGCUCGCUGGAUUAAGGAACUUUUUUGCCACAAUGAGCGUGUGGUCUUGAGCGGGGAGUGGACACAUGGCUUCUUUUCACUCACAGCUGUAGGGGCAACGAAUGUGGGAUCUAUACGCAUAUACUUUGACAAGGAAUUACGUACGAACAGCCCUCGCUACAGCAAAGGGACUUUCAAUGACUUAAGCUACGUAACAAACAACAACCAAGAAGGCAUUUCCAUGAGGAAAGGCGAGCACCUGGGCGAAUUCAACCUGGGGUCUACUAUCGUGCUGCUGUUUGAAGCUCCACGAAAUUUCACCUUUAAUUUGCAAGCGGGCCAAAAGAUCCGUUUCGGAGAACCCCUCGGGACAAUGUGAAAUUGAGAAGAGGGGUAACAGAUUGAUGGACACACUAGACGUGUGCAGAUGCUUUCAGGGUCUCGGAAACUAAUACACUCACGUUUUUGUGCUCUGUUUAAACUGAGAUACAUGUGCGUUCAUAUGUACUCGCUCAAACCACCACUGAUGCAUUGUUGCUAUUGGGGUCAUUUAUAUGCUUGUUUUUGUCGUUUUCUUGUAUAAUACUUUGUAAGGCAAAGCUUAGAUCGUGAAGAUGUAAUGUGUUUGCCUUGAAACACCAUCCAGCUUUUUGUUUUGAGCUAAAUUAUUUUUUUAUUGAGUUUAAGGAAACUUUUUUGUUUCUUUUUUGUCUAUAUUGCCUUUGGCUGGAGUCAUUUUUGCACAGCUGACUCUGCAAGCAUUGAGACAUGUAAAAAAAGGAGAAUGUACAAGAGACUAUGAGUCUUUGGUUUAUCAAACCUCUUCAAUUCAGUUCUUUCCAUCCAACUUUUUCUCAUUACAAAGGUGCAAACAAUUUUGACAAAAUCAUUGCCACCUGAUAACAAUUUUUACUGCCAUUGUUCUCUAAUGUAAAAAUUUGCCUUUGCUUGUUGGUUUUAGAGAGAUUAGUUGGGAGAUUAACGGUGAGGAUUAUUAUGGUGGUCCAGAAAGCUCUACUGUUUUUAUCUGAAUUUGAUUAGUGCCAAAAACCCAAGAUAUAUUUUUACUAACAUGUUUUCGCCCUUUUGAUAUAAAUGAGAAUUGUCUUUGGGCUUAUA